GGGGCCGGUCACCCAUUGGACUAAAGAGUGGGCGGGACUCCAUGCCGUGUCCCCCAACGAGCAAGGGCGGGGGCGGGGCUCCCUGGGUAAUUUGCCCAAUGGGCAGCAGCGUGGGCGGGGCUCCGUGCCCGGCUACCCAAUAGUCGGCGGCCCGCGCACAGCGCGCGCGCCGGCCGGCCGGCUGAGGUGAGAGGGUCACUCCGUCAGACGAUGGCGGAGGGCUCGGCGCGGCGCUGCCUGCGGCUGGAGCCGGCCGCGGCCCGGGAGGUGCUGGGCGCGGCGGACACGCUGCUGUUCGACUGCGACGGGGUGCUGUGGCGGGGCGACGCGGCGGUGGCGGGCGCGCCGGCCGCGCUGAGCCGCCUGCAGGCCCGGGCCAAGCGCCUCUGCUACGUGACCAACAACAGCAGCCGCACGCGGGACGCCUACGCCGAGAAGCUGCGGCGCCUGGGCUUCCCCCCGGCCGAGCCCCGCCAGGUCUUCGGCUCGGCCUACUGCGCCGCCCGCUACCUCAGCCGGGCCCUGCCGCCCGACGCCGCCGCCUACGUGCUGGGCAGCCCCGCCCUCGGCGCCGAGCUGCGGGCCGUCGGCGUCCCGCACCUGGGGCCCGGCCCCGCCGCCCUGCCCGGGCCCGGCCCCGCCGACUGGACCCGCGCGCCGCUGGACCCGGCCGUGCGCGCCGUGCUGGUGGGCUUCGACGAGCACUUCUGCUACGCCAAGCUGUGCCAGGCGCUGCGCUACCUGCAGCGCGGCGGCCCCGACUGCCUGCUGGUGGGCACCAACCGCGACCACCGCCUGCCGCUGGAGGGCGGCGCCGCCAUCCCCGGAACUGGCUGUCUUGUGAAAGCAGUGGAGAUGGCAGCAGAACGUGAGGCAUUCAUCAUAGGCAAACCCAGCCGAUACAUUUUCGACUGUGUGGCGAGUGAGUUCAAGAUCGAACCCGCUCGUACCAUCAUGGUGGGAGAUCGACUGGACACAGACAUCCUUAUGGGCAAUAACUGCGGCCUCACCACCCUCUUGACUCUCACUGGAGUCACUACUCUGGAAGAAGUAAAAGGUCACCAGGAGAGUGACUGCCCUUCCAGGAAAAGCCUGGUUCCUGAUUACUAUGUUGAUAGCAUAGCUGACCUUCUUCCUGCACUUGAGGAUUAAAAUAGCAAAAAUCUCUCCAACUCCUGAAAAGGUGCCCACAUUAGUGAAGGGCAGUAGUUAAUAUCACCACUCAUUACUUUAAUACACACACAGUGUGACACCACUUGCAAUUGCAAACGGUUAGCUUUUAACCUUCCAUUUGAGUCCUAUGAUGAUUUUGUUUACAAAUCUCGUUUUUAAAAUGCACUUUGAAAUGAAGAAGGCAUUAUAGUGUCACCCAGUCAUCUUGUACGUGUUGGCUUUAAAAACCACAUCAAAAUGUUUGCAGUAUGAGGUGUCAGUAUAUUGUUCUGCUGGACUGGGUUAAGGAAAACAGAAUAGAUUUAAAAAACAAACCAAUCUUGCGGUAUGUUUUGAAUGACAAACCGUAGCUCAGACUUGAUUAUUCAGGGAAUUAACUCUUUGGUAUAGCUGUCUAAUGGCGCUCUUCUAUGCUUGCACAGGCUGGCUCAGUUAGAAUUUGGUCCCAUGCUGGGUUCUUGAUGCUUACUCAGGUCCUGUUCUAGAUGUGCAGCCUAUUGCAGGUGUAACUUCAAGGGAGAGCAAUUCAAAUAUUUGUCCUGUAUUUGAUCAUAUAAAUUGCAGUUGUGAUACAAACUGGACCGGUUCUACAUGCAAAGUAUAUUAAUGGUAUCUUCUGUAUGUUGUAUUUGUCCAAAUAUUGGAUGUAUAUGUAAAGUAUGUGUGGUAUAUAAAGUAAUUACCCUGACUGACACUAAAGAGAUAUAUCAGAAAUGUAUUUAAAGUAUACAUUAAACAUAAUAUAUUGAGAAUUUAUCUUGUUUCCCAAAAAGAAGGAUAUGAGGAAUGUUCUUCACCCUUUAUUAAGGAUUAAAUUUUAAAGGCACUUGCAUACUAAUGAGAGAAUGCAGUAAGUGUAAUCACACAGAACUGUCCUACAUUAAUACCAUUUGCAGGAAAGAAUUCUAUCAACUGAUACUUUAAAAAAAUCAGUUGUGAUCAUCCUUAGAACUCUCCAGUCCCUCAAUAUCAAAACAAAUGUUUGUUUGGGCUUCAGCUGUGUAAACUCUAAAUCUGCUCCUUCUUUGAGGAAUCUAUACAGUACACAUGGUAAAUCUUUCUUACUCCCUGGGCUUAUUUUGUGUGGAAUAGUGAUUAAGUACUGGAACAGCAUGGUGCUUCCUUUACAUUUCUGAUGUUAAUACCUUCCUUGCAGAGCUGGUGUGAGGGCCUGACACCAGCUACUUGCCUAGGUAAGAGUGAAUGCUCAGGUUAUUUUGCUUCACAACUUUAAAAUAGGCCACCAGAUAGCUUUUGUUCUUGCUGCACUAACCUCCACAAUGAAUAUUUUAAGCUUUUGUGUUUAAAAAAAUAACUCAAGUAAUCAGAUAUGCAAAUUGUGUGUUCCGUUAUUCCACAGAAGUUCUAUUUGUAAUUGAAUGAGAGUCUGUGUUUUAAUUUCUCUCUCAUUGUUCUGUUUGAACAAGUCUGGCAGUGUAUAUUAGUGCCAUUUCCUCAUACUUAAACACUUGAAACAUGUAAAUGUAUCAUCUUGUUCAUACAGCAAUAAUUGUGCAGUUCAUAAUAUCUUUCAGUGUUACCAGGAUAUGAGCUGAAAAAACUCUUACAAAAGGUUAGUUAUAAAUUAAUGUCAGCAUUCAUCGGUAACUCUGGAAGUGUGUAAGAGGCAUUAGUCAUAUCUCUACCCUGUAUUAUGUUUCCUUUGUAAGCCUCAAAAGGCUUCGAGAUGAAAUGCCUGUGUCAUGUAGAAUUUGUUCUUGACACUAGUUAAUGUAAAAUUGGACAUUGUUGGUUUAUUGCAGUUAGGGAAGACUUCAGAUACAAUAUGUUCUUGGAUUUAUUUUCUAGACUUGUACUUAUCAAAUUCUAUAGAGAUUCAGGAAAAUAUGUUAAGUAAAGGAGUAAAUAUCAAUGUGGUAUUAAACCAUGUAACAGCUGCACAUCAUCCCUGUUGAGAACUACACCUAUACAAUGGCACCAUUACCUCUAUUCAUUCUCUCUUUCCCUAAGUAUUGUGGAACUGUAUUGGUGAAAGCAUUUAUUAUGCUUAAAGAGUCUCCAUAUAUUUUGUUGGAGUUGUCAAUACUAUACUUGAAUUUACAUUAAACUUACAAACCUGUUUUUCC